AAGGUUCAUCAAAACAAACUUAAAGUUACUGUUAUCUAACACAUGUACAAAGAGUUCAUCAAAAUGCUAAAUAAGUAUAUUCUUGACAUAAUUUUAAGGUGAGUUCACCGUUUGUCAUAUACUGGCCUACUUCUGUGAGAACAUGUUGUAUAUAUUCUGUAUUGCCGUUUCUAUGGCUAUGGUACAGGGAUGGUACAAGCCACAUCCUGGUACCCGUUUCCAAUGGCAACUGGAAGUGGAUGGAGAUUAUCCGCUGGAUUAUAGUAUGCAUGCUGAUAUGUACGAUACUGACCUGUGGGCAGUCACCUCUCAUGAUAUAGCCGCUAUACAUGCAAAGGGCGGGAAAGUGAUUUGUUAUUUUUCUGCUGGGUCCUACGACCACAACAGACCGGAUGCUCAUCUGUUCCACAGUAGUGACAUUGGAAACAAAAUGGACGGCUGGGAUGAAAAAUGGAUUGACAUACGAUCGUCAAAUGUAAAGUCAAUAAUGCAGAAGCGUAUGGACCUUGCUAAAAGCAAACAUUGUGAUGGUAUUGAACCGGAUAACGUUGACGGACACGAGUCUGGUAACGCAAAUAUCGGGUUUAGUUACCACGACCAACUCGUCUACAAUAGAUGGCUGGCUGAUCAGGCGCAUGCGCGUGGUCUUUCAAUCGGACUGAAGAACGACGCUGAGCAGAUAAAAGAACUACACACAUCGUUUGACUGGGCUCUGAAUGAGGAAUGUCACUCCAAUGACGGAGGCAGGGAGUGUUUAUUGUAUCAACCAUUCCUUGAUGACAACAAGCCUGUAUUCAACAUAGAGUACGUGAACAGCAAGCACGUCUCCUCGGACAUGAAAAGGAAAUGUACAGAUCAUCACCCUCUUGGUAUGAGUACACAGUUUAAGCUGUGGGACGUCACAGCAUGGGUGUACAACUGCCCUGGCCAGUAAACGUAAUACAGUUGUAGCUCAGGUUUAUAGUUGAUAAAAAAUAUAUCAAGUUUGAGAUAUUAAAGAGUGAUAAGUGAUACUGAA